UGUCAAGUGGGAUCCGGGUUCCCCCGCCUUUGCAGCCGCCUCAGCUGAACCCGGACCCCUCACCCCGGCCGGGCACUACCGCCAUGACGAACGUGUACUCCUUGGAUGGGAUUCUGGUGUUUGGCUUGCUCUUUGUUUGCACCUGUGCCUACUUCAAGAAAGUACCUCGUCUCAAAACCUGGCUGCUCUCAGAGAAGAAGGGAGUUUGGGGUGUAUUUUACAAAGCUGCUGUGAUUGGGACCCGGCUGCAUGCUGCUGUGGCAGUUGCCUGCAUCGUGAUGGCCUUUUACGUCCUGUUUAUCAAAUGAACUCCAGCCAUCCAGCUCAUCAACUGCCAACCAAGGGGAUAAAGAUGAAGAACUUGUCGGAAACCUGGACCCAGCAUAGGAGAGUUGAGCUAAAAUCAUCAGUGUCACCAAGAUGACACUGAAGCAUCUGCCUGCCACAUGUGGGGAAACUCAUGGUCACAAACAUUAUUUUCGCUUCAGGGGAUUCCAGAAAGCCAACCUUUUUUGAUCUCUGCGUUAAUCAGCCCUCAGCAGCAAGUCUGUAUGUCCAGAUAAAUUACACCCCCUGACUGAUGUGAUUCUGUAUCUUCUGCUUAAAAGCCUAGGCUGGGUGGCACUCAGCCGUAGAGCAUUUGAUUAGCAUUGACAGAGUCUUGGGUUCCUUCCCCAGCACUGAUAAAACAACCUACAGCUGGUUGUCGACUGUGCUCGUUGGUCCUUGAUCAGAACCUUUGAGAACUGAGGCUCCUGGGGAAUGGCAUAGGCUUUGUUCAGACUUCCCAGAAGGAAGACUUUUUUAUUUAAAGAGAGGCAUAGCCUUGGCUGUCCGGGGACUCUCUAUGUAGAGCAGGCUAGUCUCAAACUCACAGAGAGCUGCCUGCCUCUGCCUCCUGAAUUAAAGGCAUGUGCCAGGAGGUAAUUUUUAAGGCUUCCUUUUUUUUUUCCCAUUGGCUAAUUUGGAUCUGGUGAAGUGCAGAGAGAGAGGCUGGAUGAGAACUAGGAACUAUGAAAGGCAAACAAUUGGUUGGCUUUUGAGAUGUGUUCUUUCUGUGUGUCUGGGAACUUAAGAGAGGGUGGCUCUCACUGCAGAGAGAACAGAUUGCCACAUGCUGGCAUCUUGAGGGUUUUCCCAAGAGAACCUGAGCGCAUGUGCAAUCCAGGGUUAUCAGGAAGGAGCAGUGACUGAGCCAAGGCCUCGGUUUUCUGCCUGCCAGUGUCCCCAGAGAAGACCUCACUCAGCGACUGAGAGAGAGAACAGAUCAACUCUCGGUGUUUCCUAAAGCCUUUUAAACACUUUCUAAAUUGCCUAGUGCUAAAUACUGUUACUCAGUUUUAAAUACAAGUGCUGGGGGAGGGGACUAUUGAAAAAAUAAUUGAUUAAUAUAUUUGAAGUUCUGGUAGAAGAGAUAAGUAAAUUAGUAUAUCAAUUCAUAUACUAGUAAGCUCAUCUAGUAUAAGAAUUUAUUGCGAUGAACAUUUCUGUAGAUGGGAGUUUUGUUUGUCAUAAAAGACACAAGCUGUUCUUCAAUCUGGGUUCCAGCAAGUUUUAGUUAUGCCUCUGCAAAUUCUUAGUAUCAUCCAUACUGCAGUAUUUCACUCUCUGUUAGGACCAUGAGAAACUGAAAUGAGAAAAGUCGCUGAUACUAACAUUUGGUCAGCUCGAAGAGUCCAUUAAUGAGUGUGUUUCUGAGGAAAGAAAAAUGAAGCUUUGCAACUGAGUGUUGAGGGCUCUCCAUGGAGUGUGAGGACUCCGAGCAGGUGAUGUUAGAUGACUCAGCAUCUGAGGAAGAUUUCUCCUUUCCCUCCUUACGCCUGCAGAAGAAUCAACUGGUAAACGUGAAGUCUGCAACUUCAUGGAACAAAACAGUAGGUCUAAUAUUACAAUGCCCAUGAGUACACACAUGCUCAAUUGAAUUGUGUGUCAUAAAGCUUGACGGGACCCAUGCAGGGCUCGCUUCCAGAAGUUAAAUUCCCUUUUGUCUGCGUGCUGCACCAAAACAAAGGCUGCUUAGAAGCGCAGGUCCUGAUGCAGCUGGGUGCUGGGAGGGUUUGCAGCAGUGUAAAAGUCACCAGGCACUCAUUACUGCGUGUGUGAGCCUCUCUAGGGACUGGCCCACAGGUAGAUGGUCGCUGUUUUCUGGUCAUUCCUAUGAUCUUUCCUCAGGAGAGAUGAAAAUGUAAUGGGUCUGGAGAGAUCUUGUAGGUGGGAGUUUGGGACCAGUUGACCAACUGGGUGUCCCUUGGGAAGUAGGCACAAUACUAGUUAGUUUGUAUUUAAUGAAUUGUUUUCGAGUAGGGUUGGCUUCUCUGACUGUGGUCUAGAAAACAGCUUCACUUCUUAAACAGCUUUCGUUCUGCCACUUCCAUCAUGGGUCCUCUUGGCCUAAAUGUUGAGAUGUUUUCUUAUCAGAGUGUAUCAAAAAAAUACAGGAAGAGGCAAAUGGCCUUUUUCAUUUUUGAUAUAAAAUAAUAAGUACCUGGUGUACUUAUUAUUUAGGCUGAUAUGUUUCAUUUUUGGCAAAGAAAAAGAAAUGAUGAAUUGUCCUAGGGGAGGUCCUUCAGAGGUGGAGGUAUGAAAGCAGCAAUAUCACUUCAGACUCAAGCCGGCGUCGUCAUCAGCCCCGUCACCAGGGUCAGAUGAGACAGCUCCUUUUUAUAGCCGAAUCAGCUCCUUUUCUAUUCACCAUUGUUGGCACAAUCCUUGAAAAUAAACUUUUUUCCCUGUG